GCUAGUAGGGUCUGAAGGGAGCGGUAGACAGCAGAGCAAAACAAACCACAGAAAACUCGUUUUUCUGUACAUUUACAAACCAACAACAACAACAACAAUUACAAUCAUGGAAUUGUGUGAGAUACUGUACAACAAGGCGGAAUACAUUGAAACGGCGUCCGGUAACAAAGUGAGCAGGCAGUCGGUGCUGUGCGGCAGUCAGAACAUCGUCCUCAACGGCAAAACUAUAGUAAUGAAUGACUGUAUAAUCCGUGGAGACCUGGCCAAUGUCAGGGUGGGGAGGCACUGUGUUGUGAAGAGCCGCAGUGUCAUUCGACCGCCGUUCAAAAAAUUCAGCAAAGGAGUGGCCUUCUUCCCGCUGCACAUCGGAGACCAUGUGUUUAUAGAGGAGGACUGUGUGGUGAACGCUGCUCAGAUCGGAUCUUACGUACACAUCGGGAAGAACUGUGUCAUCGGCCGGCGGUGUGUGUUGAAGGAUUGCUGUAAGAUCCUAGACAACACAGUUCUUCCUCCUGAGACCGUGGUUCCUCCCUUCACCGUGUUUUCAGGAUGCCCAGGUCUGUUUUCAGGAGAGCUCCCAGAAUGUACCCAGGACCUGAUGAUUGACGUGACCAAGAGUUACUACCAGAAAUUCCUCUCCCUCAGCCAGAUAUAAAUCCCUGCAUUAACCUACUUUACCCUGCUCUACACUACCCAGAUAUUACCCCCCUACUCUAGCCUACCCAGAUAUACCCCCUACCCUACUCUAGCCUAUCCAGAUAUACCCCCCUACCCUACUCUACCCUAGUCUACCCUAUCCAGAUAUACCCCCCUACCCUACUCUACCCUAGUCUACCCUAUCCAGAUAUACCCCCCUACCAGACUCGAGCCUCCACUUCCCAGACCAGGGCUGUGUCUCAACAUUGUAGACCUUAACCUACCCUCAUGAAAAACCACAUUUAGCCUGAUUCAGAUUUGGUUUGAACAGAAAGCAGCCUGAUGGAAGUGAGAGGUCUGUCUGUCUGUCUGUCUGUCUGUCUGUCUGUCUGUCUGUCUGUCUGUCUGUCUGUCUGUCUGUCUGUCUGUCUGUCUGUGUUGUUGUCGUGCUGUUGGGCCUCUUCAUUCAUUAUCGACUGAGGCCCUUCGGGGCGGCGGAUUCAAUCUGAUUGCGGCGUUUUGUCAACAAUGCACCUUGUUUUAAAAGGUUGUUGCUUCUUCCGUUGUUUGACGGAAAGACCACAUUUUAAAGGUGCACCCUUGACGACCAUGCACCCUUGACGACCAUGCACCCUUGACGACCAUGCACCCUUGACGACCAUGCACCCUUGACGACCAUGCACCCUUGACGACCAUGCAAUCGGAUUGACCCCCCCCGCCAGCCCCCCCAGCCCCCCCCCACAGCCCUGCAUUUGUUAUAGUUGAUACUAAUAAACAUGUUUUAAACCAGUGUGUUUGUCUGUUACAUCACAUCAGUAACUGGUGGGGGGGCUACAGUCCUUUGAAUUCAUACUGUAUUAUAAUCUCUGGCUUUGAA